GUAAAUCUCCAAAACUCUGAGAGAAGGAUAUAUGGCCUUCGGACCAAAAGUCAUAAUAAUUAUUAAUAAGAUCCGUUGACCGUUAUGUUGUGAUGUAAUAUCUUUGACUUUGGGUGUUAUGUUUUCGUUCGAGUGAAAGAGGUGUAUCUCAACGGGUUAUUAUGAAAACAAAUGUUAUUGUCGUUUCGUGUUAAGGGGUGUAGCUGUUAAAUUGUAAACGCGUGGGUGUCCUGAAGGUGGCGCUCAUGCGGUCUAUCUAGUCAUAAACUGAAAAUGGCUGAGGGUGGCACGUCUGCUGAGACAAAUAAAAUAAAGAUGUCAGCGAAAGAAGAGGACAAAGAAGAGCGCGCAGCAGCAACUGGAAAUAAAGAACAAGUAUUUGAAGGCCCGCAGAUUCCAGAAUGUGCAGUUUGUCUCCAAACCUGUAUACACCCCGCCCAGCUUCCUUGUGGACAUAUCUUCUGCUUUCUUUGUGUAAAGGGUGUUGCCAAUCAGAGCAGAAAAUGUGCAAUGUGCCGUCAGGAAAUUCCACCUGAUUAUUUGGAAAAACCUCAGCUUGUCGAAGUCAGUGGACUAGAAAAGGAGGUUGUUAGCUUCGAUGAUGGGUACCAGUGGUUUUAUGAAGGAAGGAAUGGUUGGUGGCAGUAUGAUGAACGGACCAGUCAUGAAUUGGAGACAGCUUAUAAGAAAGGGGAAAGGAUUUGUGAAUUGCUCAUAGCAGGCUUCCUUUAUGUAGCUGAUUUUGAUGACAUGCUGCAAGUUCGACAAAAUGACCCGUCAAGGCGGAGACGUAUAAAACGUGAUCUCGCUACCAUUCCAAAGAAGGGUGUGGCUGGUCUUAGGCUUGGAUCUGGCACAGGAGAAGAUCGCCCGAAGAGUCCCACACCCCAAUCCCUAACUGCCACAGGACAGAGUGAUGGUGCAACCACACCUGUGCCACCCACAAAUACACCACAGACUCCUGCUGGUGGUGCAACCAGUGGAAGCACCACACCAGACAGACACCUUUCAUUACGACGUGCUAUAGAGCAAAUACGGAUCCUCAGUGUGCGUCACCAUUCUUCGUCAGAGAGCAGUGGUAGUGGGGAUGAAGACUCUGCACUCCCAGAUUUGUCUGCUGCUACUGCUGCCAUAAUUAACUUUUCUUCAAACUCGGAUAGCAGGCUAUAGUGAUUUGGAGAUCAUAAAGCUGUUGGUCAUAUGAGCAAGAAUCAUGCUUUGUGGCAAUAUCAUUGCAGUGAAAUGACUUCCUCCUCAGACAGGAGCGACAACUUACGAAGAUGGUACAAAAAGUAAGAUAACAAGUUCUCAGCAAAAAAGAGUUAUUAAAAAAAAAUGCAGAGGAGAGACACAAAGUUAUUGUCAUAGUCGACACAAUUGUCUAAGCAUUUAUUCUGUUGGUAAACCACUCUGGUAAAACUGCCAGGGUCCUGGUGUAGGGAGCAUCCUGAAUGUCAGCUGCAGUCCUGAACUGUCAACUGACCAGGUACUUCUUCAGCAAUCUGAAGAGAUGGAAAUCACUUACUGUGAAAUACAGGCACUAGGGAUCGUGUUCCAACACAGUCCAUUGGAAAUGCCAGGCCAAAUCACGUGUAACCAAGGUUGUAUACAUUCAGACAAUCUCGUACAACAACAAGACACCUUCCAAAAGCAGUCCCGUUCAUUACCUCCAAAUCGUCUCCUGCAACCAUUCCAUUGUGGCACAAUAAUUAACUGUAAUCAAGUCCUCUUUGAGGGUGGGGAAAUUGGCCAACAACACUUGCUGAUGGAUACUGUCAUUUUGAACAUUUUAUGUGAGAGGGUGGAAUAGAGGGUAAUCUCCAUGACACAGAUGCUUUCUUCAUCUCGGGCAUCACCUAUGCUUUGCCCUGUGUGACAGUAUGGUGCAGUAGUGCAACACUGCCUGCCUGAUACCACAUUAAGUGCUGGCGAGAGAACCACAUUGCUUGGCUUUAUUCUCAACUGAGAGCAGUACCCAAAAAGACCACAUCUUCCAAUAGUCUAUUCUGUUGUGCAUACUAUCCAUUACAUUCCCAAUAGAGAUGUUGAGUUUUUGUACAAUCUGCCUCACAUGAAUGCAGUGGAUCAGCUGGAAUCAGUCCUUCAGUACUGUACAUAUUGUCAUCUGAGGUGGAUGUGCUUGGUCACCUGGGCCUUUGCUCAUCUCGCACAUCCAUUCUGUCUUUACCAAAUUCCUGGCACAAAAACUAUACGUGUUUUGGUACAUCGCACUUGCUCCAUAAACUUCCACUAGUUGAUGAAGAAUAGCAACAAGAACAUUUUCUUUAACCAAAAACCUUAUUACUCUUUGCAUUCCAUUCACCAACCAUAUAACAAUAUGCCUCCAUUUCGAAACUCUAAGUCAGAGUUCAACAACGCAGUUACUUCCAGUAACUGGUGACUUUUGAAAGCUUUGAUGCUCUCUUGUAUGUAGACUGGAAUUUAAUUUGCAUGAGAUACUUAUAUAUCCAUGAGAGCUCUUUUUGCUUAUGUAUUGGACCAUUCUCAUACUUUUUGAAAGUUGUCACUUAAAAUGAGCUAUAUUCUGAUUAUGAGUCUCCCAUGAAAUAUGAUCUCUCCUGUAUGAGUUGGAGAAAACUUCCCAGGACAGAAGAAGGGUAUGUUAAGAUAUGUUUGUGAAGUUAUUGUUAGCUCAAAAUCCAAAAAUAAUUUAUUGUGGUUCAGUAGACUACAGAUGCCACAUGCAUGGAAGUUCUUCAUUAAGUUUCUUCAAAGAAUUCUACAACUCUCAAUAGACUUGGAUGAAGUUGAUGAUGAGGCUUAUUUGUAUGGUAGUACUCUCACCAACAAUGGACAGUCACGAGUGUUAUUACUGUAUUAUGAAUCUCCAGCAGUAUGCAUCAGACAUAGCAACUGCUGAUAAUUUUUUGUUGCAGAAGGGUAAAACUACCCUUGAAAAAGUAUUUAUUUUCUUAAUUUCAAACAUCAAGAAUGCUGGUUGAUUAAUUAUAUGUCUGUAGAUCGUAUAAUAGAUAGUUUUAAGUGGGCUGAGAAAUUGAGGAGAUUCUCCAUCGAGAUGGUAAAGAAAGGAACAUAUGGAAAACACAGGCAAGGAGAGAGAGGACACAUGUUAUGGCAUCAGGAAAUAACUUUGUGGUACCACAGAGGGAACUGUAGAGGAUAAAGCCUGUAGAGUAAGACAAAGAGUGGAAUAAAUCCAAUAAAUAAUUGAGGAUGUAGGGAGCAAGUGCUACUUUAUGAUGAAGAGGUUGGCACAAGAGAGGAAUUUGUGGUAGACCACAUCAAACAAACCAGCAGGCAGAUAUCUCGAAAAAAAAUUAAACUGUUAUUUUCCAAACAGAUACAAACAUUUUAAAAUUAUGUAUGUAAGAAUAUGCUGGCCAUGUACAAGAUUCAUUUGAAUGAAUGACUGAAAUAUCAAUGCAAGGUUGUAAAGCUAAAGAGUGCAUACAAAUGCAAAGGAGUUACUAGUGUGGGGAGGG